AUGCUUCGUGUGAUCUAUUUAUCUCGUGCUCAGCCAGCAGCACGAAAUUUAUUGCUUAUUAACAAACGAUUUCAACAAACAUCUACAACUUCUUCUACUAAACCAACAAGUACUAAUCCUUCAUCGGCAACUAAAACGAAAACAACUUCAUCAUCAUAUCCAGCUGAUAGUAAUACUGGUGGAACCGUUAAAGCUAUUGUUUAUGGUCUUGGUCUUGGUCUUAGUAUUACAUUACUCUAUGCUGAAUAUGAUAAUGGUUCAUUUCGUCGUAAAGUUGAAUCAAAGCUUCCACUUAGUUCAACAAUUUUAAGUGUUCUUGAUAAAAUUAUCGAUCCUAUAUUUGGUCGACAUAAAAAAUUAACAACAAUAAUAUCAGAAAAAUUACCUGAUGUAUCACCUGUUACAGAUAGACUACCUGAUAAAGAACAAGUUAAACGAGCUGCUGAACAAGCUAAAGAUACUAUUAAUGAUACAUAUGAUAAAUUACCUGAAUAUAAAACUGUUAAAAGUAAAAUUAUUCAUGCUGCUGAUCAAGUCAAAGAUGCAGCACAUGCAGUUCGUGAUGCAUUACCUGAUCCAAAAGCAGUAAAAAAAACUUUAACACAUGCUAAAGAUCAAGUUGAAGAUACUGCAAAAUCAAUAACAAAUACAGUUAAAGAUGCAUUACCAGCAACAAAAGGUGUAUCUGGUGAGCAAUCACGUCGAGGUAAUGAUCCUGUAUUUUUAGAAGAAGCUGGUGAAGUCGCAACACCACCACCAAUUAAACCAAUGAAUGUUUUAUUAGAUGGAUUACCUAACAUUGAUUUUAAUUAUUAUCAAAGAAUGGUAUUAGAUCCAACACUUGUUGAUAAACUUCAAGGAGAAGAACAACGUGCUCAAGAAUUUAUUAAUUUAGCCGAAGGUGAAAUAGAAAAUUUAAUAAAAGAAUUUGAUCGAUGGGAUAAUGUUCCUCCGGCUGAAGAAGUAACUUAUGAAUUAGGUAUGUUUUUUGUAAGAGAAUUUAAUGAAAAAGAUGACAAUGAUAAAUUGAAAGAUAUUCAAUUUUUACCUUAUGGAAAAUGGGAUUCAUUACGUUGGUGGAUUAAACAAGGUAGUGAAUUAUUACCACAUAAACAUGAAUGGGUGAUGCCAGAUGAAGCACUUGAUCCUAUUAAUGCUCUACCAUGA